AUGGAGGCUGUUCAGCCGGUGACUGACCCGUCGCUUGUUCUUGACGACGAAAUUGCGAAGAUUCGCUCUGAAAUUCACUCCCUUGCAAAACGGCGCCGUGUGGUAUCAGCCAGCUUGCUCUCCAGCAAUGCAGUUCAAACUCUUCUUCGUCCCCAGGUGUUGUCGAGUUCCAACCCCCUGGCACCGGUCGUCUUGAGUGCCGAGAAGCACACGCUGUCGAACCACCAUCGGGCGGUGUUUUCCGCUACGGCUUUCCCCUUUACGGAUCCAUCCCCCCACGCAGACGCCCCCAAAUUAUUGGGCAUCCGUAUUGACGUCGUCCAGCAAGGAGGACAGUAUUGUGAACCAUACUACGUCCUUCUAAAGCGUACGAGCUGCGAUAAAAAUGCCCUGCAAGUUUACAAACACACAAUACCCGCCUUUAUACCCUUGGAACAGUUGCAGGCAGCCUACCUCCCUAUCCCGGAUAUUUCUUUAGAUCAAGAAGACAACCCUAAGGUGGUGCCCAAGAAGCAGAGUCUCACAAAGUUUGUACGCGGCCUGAGACAAGAACUCGUGGCAUGGCAUCUACGUCGAGACGCCGUUGAUUGGCUCCAGGAAAGUCUAGGAGGCAUGAGGGACACUGAUCACAACCAGACAUUGCCGCAAUCUCUAGGUGCAAAACUGGGAAUUGUGACUCUCCGUUCGGCCUCCCUUGAGACUCGACUUAUCCGCCUUGAAUGGCGCGAUGGACGUGUUGGGCGUGUUUCCUUAUCCAACAAAGGCUAUGUGGACCGUGCUGUAGUUUUCGACGGCCAGAUGCGAGAUAAAUCAAUGGAAAAUAUACUGACAGCGGGAGACCGUAGGGUCGAGACCAUGAUCCAGAGGCUAGUUGAUGCUACUAUUGGCCAGGAUGACCCCACUGGAGCACGAUGUGGUGAGUGA